UGCGCAGGCUUCAGAUAACUGGGACAAGUUAAAUAAUAACCAAAGUCUUCUAAAGUUGUUUUGCAAUGUCAGUCGUGGAUUUAGAUACUUUUGUGAAUAAAACCGCGUAAUCGGUAUUGAAUUGUCAAACUGUUUAUUUCAAUUUACUGACUUAGUUACGGAUUAAUUACCGACAUCUGGUAAAACCAGAAUGGAGAAGCCUGCUUCGGAUUUCGAAGAGCUCUGCAGUUUCGCCAGUUUCAGAAAAGUUUGGAAUCACUACGGCUAUGAAAGCGGUGACAUGAUGGAAAUGAGAAACAAGGAGUUCGCCAGGAUCAAAGUGCAUGCCUCUACUUCAAUCAUUUUUCCACACAAAACAUUACUUAUGUUCAACAUGGCAGUGGAUCAUAAAGGAAUGACUUAUCUUGAUCAUGCAGGCACUACACUCUUUCCACAGUCCCAGAUUAAGGGAUUUUCUCAAGAUCUGUCUGAAAAUGUCUACGGUAAUCCUCACAGCCACAAUAGCACGAGCAGAUUGACAUAUGACACAGUGGAAAGUGUUCGUUACAGAAUACUGCAGCACUUCAACACUAAACCUGACGAGUACUCAGUGAUUUUCACUUCUGGAUGCACCGCAGCUCUUAAAUUAGUUUCAGAGAUGUUUCCUUGGAAGCCCGCCAGUCAAACAGACACAGGGAGCCUCUUCUGUUACCUGACAGACAACCACACCUCUGUGGUGGGGAUCAGGGGAGUGACAUCUCCACUUGGAGUAACAAGUGUUCCUGUUCAACCAGAGGAGAUUGAAAUGACUCAAAGUAAAGAAUCGAUUAACACUGGGCAGGUACCAAAUGGAAAGGUCUCUCAGAAUCCUCACCUCUUCUGCUACCCUGCCCAGAGUAAUUUCUCUGGAAAGAAGUAUCCUUUGAGUUAUGUAAAAGGGAUCCAGUCUCAGAAGCUGUAUCCUUCAUGCAAAACAGCAGGCCAUUGGUUUGUUCUGCUGGAUGCAGCUUGCUUUGUGAGUUGUUCUCCACUGAAUCUACAGGUCCAUCCAGCUGACUUUGUUCCCAUUUCAUUCUAUAAGCUAUUUGGUUUCCCCACUGGUUUAGGAGCCCUGCUCAUACGCAAUGAUAGCAUAGGGAUCCUAAAGAAGAGAUACUUUGGAGGUGGGACAGCAUCUGCCUACCUGGCAGGCCAAGACUACUUUGUGCCACAUACCUCUGUAGCAAGCAGGUUUGAAGAUGGAACAAUUUCUUUCCUGGAUGUUAUUGCUCUUAACCAUGGCUUUGAGGUGCUGGAGACUCUGACAGGAGGGAUGAGUUUUAUCAAACUGCACACUUUUGGACUUGCACGCUACACUUACAUGAUCCUGUCCAGCCUGCAGCAUGCAAAUGGAAGCCCAGUUGCCCAGAUAUAUUGUGAGACGGAAUAUGAUGACCCCGACACUCAAGGUGCCAUUAUUAAUUUCAAUGUGCUGAACGACAAGGGAGACAUCAUUGGAUAUUCCCAGGUGGAUAAACUCGCUAGUCUGCAUAGCAUCCAAGUCCGCACAGGCUGCUUCUGCAACACUGGAGCCUGCCAGCGCCACCUGGGCAUCAGUGACCAGGAAGUGCAAAACAAUCUGCAGGCUGGGCAUGUCUGUGGAGACAAUGUGGAUCUGAUUGGAGGGCGACCCACUGGCUCCGUUCGGAUCUCUUUUGGCUACAUGUCGACCUUCCAGGACUGCCAGACCUUCUUGAAGUUCAUUGUUGACUCUUUCGCUCAACAGCCAGUCAAAAUGGAUAAAGAUAGACUGAAGAGGUUAAGAACUUCUCUGCCGGCAGAAAGCUUAGCAUAUCCCACACUUCCAAAUCAUAAUGGCCCUCUAAAAGUUCAAGAGGAAGGAUCUGAAUGCAGUGGCUCUGUGAAGACACCGAGCAUCUCUGCUCAGCGUGGGGAAAGCAACAUUCCUAGAUCUGGAGUUGUGUACUCAAGGAAUGCGGAAGUCUCUGGAACUCUAACCAACAUCUUCCUUUAUCCGAUCAAGUCUUGUGCUGCAGUAGAGGUGAGGGAGUGGCCAAUUGGAGAGAGAGGCCUGCUUUACGACCGUAUCUGGAUGGUGGUGAAUGUGAAUGGAGUGUGCCUAAGCCAGAAGCAGGAGCCAAAGCUAUGUCUCAUCCGACCACACAUCAGUCUGCAGCACAGCAAGCUGUCUUUGAGCGCAGAAGGAAUGAGUCUGAUAUCAGUUCCCCUGGAAGGCAGUAGCCAGGAAAAGCAAACAGUGCAGGUGUGUCAGACCAAAGUCUGUGGAGACAGGGUGCAGACGGUAGACUGUGGAGAUGAGGUAGCAGGUUGGAUAUCUGAAUUCUUGGGAAAAACGUGUCGGCUCAUCAGGCAGAGGGCUGACUUCUCUAGAAAUGUAAAGAAAGGCCAUUUGCAAGGCAAAUCACGCACCUCACUUUCACUAGUGAAUGAAGCCCAGUACCUGAUGAUCAACAGAGCUAGCAUCCAGUUACUUCAGGACCACAUCACCAGCAGAAGUGACUCCAGUACCUGCCUGCAGUUCAACACAGAGCAGCUUAUUGAGCGUUUCCGUGCCAACCUAGUGGUAUCUGGGAAGGAGCCCUUUGAGGAAGAUAAUUGGACAAAGGUGACAGUAGGCCAAACCCCUUUUCAGGUUGUGGGACAGUGCAAUCGUUGUCAGAUGAUUGGAAUUGACCAGAAAACUGGAGACAGAAGUAGGGAGCCUCUCUUGUCUCUGCCUGGCUGCCACAGUGGGAAGGCCAGCUUUGGAAUAUACCUGAUACACCAGCCCUCAGAUGCUUCUCAGCACACCCACAUCCUGUCAGUGGGGUCUCCAGCAAUCCCUGUUGUUUCCCGAGCAGCCAGCGGCCCCCAAGCAGAGAAACCAUUUUGACUGGGUCUCUUGCAGUGUCCUCUCAGAGCUAACAUAAAAAUGUGAAGGAUCAGCAACACAUGACUCUUUUGUUUAUUGAUUAGGACUGCCAGCUGACCUCAGACUGAGACACACAAAUGUGUAAACAUAGAAGAAUUAUAUUUUUGGUUUAUUUUCUUAAUGUCAACCAAAGAUUCCACAGAUCAGACAGUCAGAGCUUAUCCUCAUGAACUACAUCCUGUAAAAGGUCCGUUCUAAUUACAGUAGAUGUAUGAAUGUGCAGAGGGAAACCACCAAGGUUUCAGCAUUGGUAACUGUAAAAUAAGAUCAAUUAAAUUAAAAAUAGUACAAAUUGAAAAUAUUCAAGAUACCGUUGUUUUUACAUUUAAUUUUAUAUUUUCAUAGUGCCUAGAGCUAACUAAUCAACUUCUUAAGAUGUUGUAUAGUUAGCUCUAGGCACUAUUAAAAUAUUUUUUCUAUUUUUAACCAGAAACCUGACUCAUAUUUAGAAUUCAAAUUGUAAACGAACAUUUUUCCUAACAUUGAUUACUACAAUUCUUUUCAUUUUAUACAAACUAUAUCUUUUUAAUUAACCACUAUCUUUGUAACAAUUACUUCCAAACAUUUACUCAGA